CUCGUUUCGGGAUUUUCAUGUUGCCUACUCUUUGUAUGUCAAACAUCAAAAUGUAAUCCUUCAAUUGUCAAAGUCACUAAUGUCUGUUUUCAGUUUAGCCAAUGCAAAUGCAUUUACAAAUUAGCAACUAAAAAUAAAAAAAACAGCAAAGAAAACCAAAACAGUGAUGGCUCCGAAAAGACAGAAAAUUACAAAAAACUCCAAGUUUCCGAAAGUAAAAAAUUACGAAACGCUGAUUUUAAGCGACGUUCUCUGUCCGAUAUGUAGAAGCAUAAUGACCGACCCAGUGUCACUUCCUUGCAAUCACAAUUUCUGUCUGUGUUGUUUUGAAGACACCAUGAAGAAUGUGAACCUAGUUUGUCCCCUUUGCAAGGUUCGUGUAGGCUCCUGGUGGAGGAAGACCAAGAAGGAAGGCAACCACGUAAAUGUGGAGCUAUGGAGGGUGAUUAAGGACAGGUUUUCACAGCAAGUUAUCAAUAAACUGACUGGUAUUGAAGAGGAUUUGCAAGAAAAACCCCAGAUAGUUGUAGCUUAUCCUGGGGAAAUACGGAAAGAAUAUGAGUUGCAGAAGAAGAAAGAUGAUGAAGAAUUGCAAAAGAGAAGGGAGUCAGAAGUCAAAGCUAGUGAACAGUUGAUAAAGUCAUUGAAGGAUGAGGAAGACUAUCAGAGAGUUGUGAGAGAAGAAAAAUUGAAGUUAGAUGAAGAGAUAGCUAAAAAACUAGCUGCUGAAAUGUCAUUUUCAUCUCCGUCCACUUCACAAAUGAAAAUGAAUUUCAAAAAGCUUGGUCCCAUGGACAGAUUUGUAAAAAAAGAAAUUGAACCAGUCAAAUUGCAAGUCACUGAUCAAAAGCAGCACUUCAACAACAAUUUUGCCACUAAAGAAUACACCUGUAGGGUAUUACGUUUGGACAAAAAUGAUAGGCAGAAUAGCAUGAAGAUGUCAUCACCAAUCAUAAGGAGAAAGAUUCAACAGAUAAAGAAAAUCGUGGAAUCAGAGACCCACAGUGAUAGCAGUGAUUGCAUUGAGUCUGAAAUGAGGUAUUUCAAGCCAAUAGAUCACAGAAUGAACCCUCCUUCUCAGGGAAAGCCACCAAUCAAGAUUUUCCCUAAAAAGCCACAUAAAACUCCAGCUCCAGAGAUAUUGUCUCCAAGAGGUUCCAUAAAUUUAGUUUUCUCGAAUUUCCUGAAGUCUGCCUUUGUGAGAACUGUACCCAAAUCUACCUCACCACCUCUCAGGAGCCAUGCUGAGGAUGAACACACUUGCAGCCUGAAACGCCCUAGGUCAGACGGUGAUGUAGAUCCUAAUCAGGACAAAAAAUUGAAAAGAUCCGAUGCCACCAACAAGGUAGAACAAUCUAGCAUUAUCACUAACAGUUUUUCCAACACCCCCAAGAGGCAGGUCUUCGGCAAAAACAUCAGUAGGAACAUAAAAAACGAUAGUUCUAGCUCUAGUCCCUUGUUCUAUGGUUUCGAGAAUUCUCCCGCUAAAAACAAUGAGAAAAUGGCGAAGAAAAACGGUAAACUCGCUACCGAAUCGGAUGAUUUGGAGCGGAAGCUGUUGCAGGAAAAAUUAGACUUGGAGUUUGCUAAGAGACUCCAAGAAGAUUUUGAUAGGACCGAAGAUACGAGGGGGGCACGUAGAGCAACUCGGAACGCGAAAAGACAGGCUACUCUGGAAGAAAUUGUCAAACGACCACAUAGGGUCAAGUGAGGAUUUUUGUACAUAGGAGGGUGAUAAAGAAAUGUUUUUCCAGUGUAACAUGAUGGUACAGGGUGCGCCUCUUGAAAUGGAAACCCCCUCUUAACUCUUUUGUUUUCAGAGAUGUGAAAAAAUUU